AUGGCUCCCACGAUUUAUGUGGAAGGGGUGUGGGAGAAUAAGCUGGAGUACUCAAUCAGUACACCCGCCGUUGCUUUGGUUCUGGGCACCACUGUUCCUGUUGAGGUUUCCCUGACUCCUUUAUUGAGAAGCUUGCAUAUUGGGAAGGUCGAUUUCGAGCUUGUCGAGCGUCAACAAAUUGUCCUCAACCCUGGUGAACCCGAACCCUUAACGUUUAAGCGAACGUUCACCGAGACGGUGUUGAGGGAUACGUAUCUAGUCCAAGAGACUGAUCUCUUAGCGACCGAUGAUAUACAGGAACGAUACCAGUUCUCACACUUAUUGGACUUGCCUGGAUGUUUGAAUGCAUGUCGACAGGAUGUAGAUGAGCUAGGGAUCCAGAUCAAACACACGCUGAAUUGCCGGAUCUAUUUGCACAAGCCAGAUGGCAACAGUGCCAGGGUUUAUGUCGGUCUUCCAGUUGUCUUAAUCCUCUCCCCUACAGUCGAAAUUGACGACUGCUCCAACAUUAAAACUCAUGUUGCAGCCAUGGACUCCCCUCCGCAAUAUGGUGAAUACACGUUUGAUGUACCUUAUAGCCCUGGUUCUCAAACAUCAUCUCUCAGUACGACUACAGAGGGAGAAGACCCGCCGGGGUCUGUAAAAAUUGUGAUGCAUGAGGCUGCUUCAGUCCCGAGUUAUUCAGCGGCAGUUCGAGCAGGUGCAAAGCCCUGGGAUAAAGCCCUACCAGACUACAAUAUGGCGGUUGCUCGUAACUCCACUCCACUGCAGCUACCACGGCCUCCACAACAAGUUCAUGUUCAUACAGCUGCUGUGCCAGUAACAACGAUCAACAUCAACAUCAGUUCAGCAUACGGUCGGCUGCUCUGA